UCGAGCACGGCGCGCGGACCGGCAGCGACUCAGUGCUCCGCUCUUACCGACAUGGAGUAACCGCGAGCCGGGGAGAGAGAGGGACUCACACCGGGCCCACAGACGGGGAGACGCCGCCGCAGCUUCACGGCUCUCCCGGUGCGUACGAAAGCGACUUGUUAACGGAUACCGAGCGCGAUGUAGCGGGAUUAAUGGGGCCUGGAUUCCUUCACUGUGUGUGAGAAAGCAGCAGAAAGCGAAGGCGAGUCGGCCAGUCGGCGCAGAGAUCCGGCGGUGCGUCCAUCAUGCUGUGGCCGCUGGUGGCGCACUUCCUGUCGGCUAUCGCGCUGUGGCGCCCCGCUGUAGCUCAGUACUCCAGCGACGAGUGCAGCUGGAGAGGAAGUGGUUUGACCCAUGAAGGGCACGCGCGUGAUGUGGAACAGGUGUACCUCCGCUGCUCUCAGGGUUCCCUUGAGUGGCUGUACCCGACGGGCGCCAUCAUCGUCAACCUGCGGCCCAACAUGGCAUCUUCAGCCGCCGCCCACCUCUCCGUGUGCAUCAAACCGUCCCGUGAAUCAAGCGGCACGCACAUCUACCUGGAGCGCAUGGGUAAACUCCGCCUACUGCUCCGCGAAGCCCAGCAAGCCGAGGGCAAAGUGCACUGCUUUGGCAUCCAUGAGGGGGCACUGUUCAUCGAGGCAGUGCCUCAGAGAGACAUCAGUCGAAGGAUCACGAGCUUCCAGUACGAGCUGGUCAACCACAGGCCCGGCGCCGACCCGAAAUCACUGAUAGCCCCGUGUCAGCCCUGCACUGAUGCUGAGCUUCUCCUCUCCGUCUGCACGAGUGACUUCGUGGGGCGUGGCAGCAUCCUCGGCGUAGAGGAGGAGGAGGAUCAGACGUCAGUGGACGUCGCUCUGUCCCAUGUGUACAGGCAGAAGAGUGAGGUGUUCGUGCAGAGCGGCGCACGGGUGAAGAUCUGGAUGGGGAAACUCCUGAUGCCGCAUGAGUGCGGUGUGAAACCUGGCGAGGGCGAGUUCCUCUUCACCGGCACGCUGCGCUUCGGCCAGGCCUGGCUCGGCUGUGCACCGAGAUACACUGACUUCCUCAGGACGUACCAGGAAGCGGAGACGCAGGGGACCAACCCCUGUCACAUGGACACGAACUGAGGGCCACAUCACGUCUCCGCAUGCAGCCUUGCUGUUGUGUAUCAGACGCACAUUAAAAAUCUGGACUCUUUCCAGAGAGCAGCUUUAUAUAAAGCGUAUAAACAAACCUGACGACGUUCUGAUAAAAAUUCGACAGUAAACGAUGUAGCACACGUCUGUGUUUUAAACGUGUAAAAAUAAUGUGAAAACAUUGUGUGAUGGAAGUCUGUUGCUUUUGUAAAAAGCUCCUUUGUACAGGUUUUUUUUAAAUAUAAAUAUUUUCUUGCAGUUGUGUCUUCUGACAAAAAAAAUGUAUUGAAGAAAAACCCAGCUUUUUAUUUUAUUUUCAUUAUUAUUAUUUUUUUGUAAAGAAGUGCGAUUCUUUGCUUGCACUGUGCCUCCAGAGGGGCUGAAUUACAAAUGUCAAAAAAUUAAAAAGGAAAAAAAAAAGUU